AGGGCCUACCUGAUGAGCGCCGCCGACACGCAUCGUCGUCCUCCGCUCUCCCGGUCUCUUGGUCCCAUCCCUUCUUUCCCCGGUCGCCGCCGCCGUCGUCCUCCGCCCUCCCGUCUCCACUGCGACGCCACUUCGUCAGCUACACCGCGGUCGGCUGACUGAGGUUCCCUAAAGCCUGAAGCGGGCCUCCAGCUUCGGCACGGCGAGAGACAUGGCUGCGGCGGCGGCGGCGGCGAAGGAGGCGGACAUGAAGAAGAUGGAGCUUAUGAAGGAGGUAAGAGCGCACCAAGUGGCGAUUGGGGAGCUCAACAACCUGCCUCCAUCCAGGGCCGCGUACCAGAAGACCUGCAACAUCUUCUUCCGCAAGGACAUCAAAUCCGCCGUCGCGUCCCAGCAGAAGCAACUUGAUAUCGCCAAGGCGAAGCUGCAGAAGCUAGAUCAGGCAUCAUGAAGGUUCACUGCAGAAAUUUGAAAUUGCAACUUGUGCUGCUUCAUCCAUCCACCUCGGUGAAUUCUCUCUAAUCAAGUGUCUUCGGAGUGCCAGUCAACUAGGAUGCAACUUAUAUAGAUUUCUGUGUAAUAAUGGUGUGUUUAAUAGUUACGAGUGUGAGACAAAUCAUUUCUUUCUGAAUAUGGAGACUGGAUAUGGGACUGUAGUCACAAUAGACCCAUUAUGAAGGUGAUGCGAUGAUUUGGUUGAGCUAAUUAAGCUGACCUACUGCUUGCUCGAGUCUUUCUGAACCGAUUAUGCAGCGACAGGAUUAUGGAUCCAGGGGCAUGUGUCAGCGAAGAGUCUGUGCAUCAGUUUAUAGGCUAUGUGGUAGCUUGUCAUGUCUAUCAGCCAGAGCAUGUACUCGCAGUCUUGUAUAGGGGAGAGGCCACUCUGCUCUCUCCACUGUUCUGCUGUAAGCAUAUCUCUGUGAUGA